CACCUUCAGCUAGCAGCGAUCAGGCACCCGGCGAAUUACGACUCGCAAACAACCCGCCCAGCUAGCACUCUGGAUAGUGAAAUCGUGAAUUAGCGACCUCACCUCCAAACACCGUCGCCUUCGUCAUGUGCAAACACGUCCUCAACGCCCAGGUCUCCAUCCGCUCACCGUGCUGCAAGAAAUGGUUCGACUGCGCCGAAUGCCAUGCGGAGCAGACGGACCACCCGCUCAUGCAGACGUUUGACAUGACCUUCAUAUGCAAAAAGUGCAAGAAAGCGUUCCGAAAGGACGCCCGCGAGUUUGAGGACGCAGACGAAUACUGCCCGCACUGCGACAACCAUUUCGUCUUGGAGGCCAAAACGCCAAAGGCGUCUCUGCAAGUCGAGGGCGAGGAUGCCCGCAUCGACUCAAGGAUGCUCAAGGACGAACGCCUAAGGGCCGAAGAACUCCGAACGAUAUUCGAUGUCAAGGAGGCGCCGCACAAGCUGGGUUGA